UCCGUGGUUCCUCCUCCUUCGGUUCUCUAGUCGACUCUCGGUGAAACUCAACUCGUUGGAGACGAGUAGAGUUGCGUUUCGCGCAAAGGUUCUGUGUGCGCGCGCCAAGCGACUAUUUUCGAUUUGUCAGUGUCACUUUUCGCGAUAUCGCGAUCUCAAAAAUGGCCCGACGCCAGUAUUUUAUUUUGUGAUUUUCACUAUUUUAUAGUUGUACGGUGUUGUUGUACAGUGUCAUUGUAGGGUGUCAUUGUACGGUGUCAUUGUACGGUGUCCUUUUAAGGUUCAUUGACCAGUCUAAUCAGAAAAUACAACUAUGAAGACGGAAGUUGAGGAUAUAAACGGCGAUGGCGUGUGCGAAGGUACAGGUCCGAGUCUGGGUCCGAGUCUGGGCCCGACGGAAAGCACCGGUGGCCUCAUCGGAUCGGACAUGUCCCCUGGUGUAAUGGAGUGCGGUGGAUGCGGCGAACGCGUCCGAGAACGAACUAUUUUGUGCGUUGGCGGCCGUACAUGGCACUCGAGGUGUCUUAGGUGUUGUGCUUGUGCCAGACCGUUGCACGAUCAACACUCUUGUUUCUUAAGGGGCAUGCGACUCUACUGCAGGCACGACUACGCUUUAACAUUUGGAGCAAAAUGUGCGAAAUGUGGACGAAGCGUAGGUGCAGGUGAUUGGGUUAGAAGAGCCCGAGAACGGGUUUAUCAUUUAGCUUGUUUCGCUUGCGACGCCUGUUCACGUCAAUUGUCAACUGGGGAACAAUUCGCACUCCUAGAUGCACGUUUACUCUGCAAAGCUCACUAUUUGGAUGUCAUCGAAGGGAACAACACUUCGUCCGAUGAAGGCGGUGACUCCGAGAGCGGUCAUAAGGGUGGUAACAAAGCUAAGAGGGUAAGGACAACGUUCACCGAGGAACAACUUUCCGUUCUCCAAGCUAAUUUCCAGUUGGACAGCAAUCCUGAUGGGCAAGACUUGGAAAGAAUAGCACACGUGACUGGACUAAGCAAAAGGGUCACGCAAGUAUGGUUUCAAAAUUCAAGAGCGAGGCAAAAGAAACAUCUUCAUACUGGAAAAAUGAAAGGCCAGCAUGUACACCAAUCUCCACCAAAUUCUACAACAUCACCGGCUGACUUUAGUCGACACAUCAAUUUACACCUGACCUAUUCUUUUCAACAUCAGCAACAUCAGCACAGUCAGCAACCGGUACAACUCAGUCCAGCUGUCUGUAAAAGUCCCACGCCUUCGAUUUAUCAUAAUCAUGGUUCGGAACAAUCAAUGGAUGAACUUUCGCAAGAUUCCAUGAUGUUAUCGAUGCCGAACGAAGUAUAAUUGGCGCCGUUGGAUCGAUGAUUAAGUAUUUGUAUAUAUUCUUUCAUCUUUUUCUUCUGAUCUUUUUUUAAUAUAAUAGCUUUCGUUCUAACGCUACUUCCGGAUGGACCUUCCAACGGCGCGUUGUAUUUCUAAAAUAUACUUUCCAUCCUUUAUUUUUCUCUUCAAAUGUCUACUUGUUUCUACAAUUACAUUAGUGGUGGAUUUGAACAAUUGUUUAGGCUAUUAGGUUCGGUUUUCAUUGAAAACCGAAUAAUAAAAGUGCCAAUACUUCCACUUUGACAUUUCCUUUA